CACGCGCCCCCGACUUCCGGCGCAGGUACGGGUCGGUGCACGCGGCCGCGAGCCGGUUGACUUUGCGGAGCUAUGGAUAGCUUCAGCUCGGACUUUGGCGGCUCCGGCAGCGGCAAGCUGGACCCCGGGCUUAUCAUGGAGCAGGUGAAGGUGCAGAUCGCCGUGGCCAACGCGCAGGAGCUGCUGCAGAGGAUGACGGACAAGUGCUUCCGGAAGUGCAUCGGGAAGCCGGGGGGCUCUCUGGACAAUUCGGAGCAGAAAUGCAUCGCCAUGUGCAUGGACCGCUACAUGGACGCCUGGAACACCGUAUCCCGCGCCUACAACUCACGGUUGCAGCGAGAACGAGCCAACAUGUGAUCGGGAAAUGCGGUGCCCGGCCAAGCCAGUGGGCCGCCCCACCCGUGUUCGAUUUCCAUAAAUGUGCUUUGUGAGGCAGG